CGCGCGAUCUCAGGAGAGACGCGACUUCAGUAUUAUCUGCCUCUUAACUACUCUCUCCACCACAUUUCUUGACAUUCCUUUGUCUUUCUCGUUUCAAUUGUAUGGGGUUCUGAUUGAGAGCAUUCCAAGAUGGCUCCGAAAUUCAAGGAGGGCGAUGUAAUCGCAUCUUUCUCAGGAAAAUGGAUUGGAUGGGCGCACACAAUAAUGGCAUAUACGGCAUUCUUUGGAGCCCUCAUUGUCGGAAUCAAACUUCACUACCACAAGAUUGUGCAAAAUGAGCACUACGGAUAUCCCCAAGAAUGGUUCCCUUCCGUCUCCGCGACAAUCGGCGACCGAUACCCCGAACGCUCUGUUUUCCAGCUCUUCAUCGCCUUGACAUCCGGUCCAAGAUUCGCUCUUUGCGCCAUGUGGUACUUCAUGACACAAAAGCCUGGCUCGAGCCUGCCCAGAUUCGUCUUCUGGACUGGCAUCUUUAGAACUAUGACUUGUGGUGGAUGGACCUACGUGACCUCUACAGAUGAUCAUGAUUGGCAUGACAUAUUCAUGAUCUCGUAUCUAGUUGCGACCCUUCCAUGGACCAUUGGGUGCAUCUUGCUCAGUCCGCAAAAUCCGACCACCAUUAAAUAUCGCAAGAUUUUUGGGUACUCAUUUUUUGGUACACUCGUUCCACUAAUCUACUUUUUCAUCCAGCACAAGGUGCACAAAGUUGCUGGAGCGUACACGAUCUAUGCCUUUUUCGAAUGGGCGUUGGUCCUUCUUGAUGUAGCUUUCGAUGCGGUGACAAUCAUUGAUUUCGAUGGUCUUGAGAUUGUGGUGAAGGAUAUUAAAGGACUUGGCCGAGGGAAAGGUAAAUAUGUUGCCGAUGCUGUGCUUGAGAAAGAGAAGAACAAGGAUGUAGGUGUCGUCUUUGGUCAGGCCUUCUCGUGGCCCGCUGCCAUUGAUGCUGCUGCCGAUGUCUACAAUGGCUAUGUCUAUUGGACCACUUUGACCUCGCUUGGUGUUUGUGUUUGGUACUUCCCCCUAUGGUACAUGGGAAUCUCCGGCUAUGAGGUUUUGGUCAUGACCACGAUCUCACCGUUUCUUCUUUCAGUCCCACCACUUCGUAGGCUCAUCGUCAAGAACCUUCGUGUCACUCAUCUUCUCGGUCUCGCCGGACUAGUUGCGUUUCUUACUCCCAAACCGACCCAUCGUCUGUUCACGGUUGGCUUCGGCGUCUGGAUGUCCACUCUGGCAUGGGCUGCAACAUUCUAUGGUGAGCGCUCUCAACCACAUCGCCUAGAGGCUCGUGUGAGCGCAUUCAGCCUCGGUCUCCUAGCUUCUAGUGUUGCCAAGUUCGCAUUCUACACGAACAAUCCCCUAUGGCCCAUCAUGCAUGCUGAAAAUGGAGGAUGGAACAAGUUUGGCCUCUUUGUUGCCGUGCUCGCAGUUCUUAGGUCGACAGGUCGACCAGCAGGGUCUGAUGUCAGCGCUCCAGGGCCAAAAAGUGGCUCAUCAGUACUAUCUGCAUUUGGCCUGGCUGGGCUCUUCUUCGCCAUGCACUCUCUCCUGUCUGAUUCUAGCACAAUGAUUCUCUGGGUUUGGGAGGGUUUCCCUGUUCAAGGACCCAUCGCCGUUCCGCAUGGAAGCUAUACCCUCUUCGCCAUGGGUGUAGGCAUCGUCGUAGGCCUUUUCUAUCCAGAUCUGAGCCGCAGCUGGACGUUCUACGGCAUCGGCUCUGUUGGUGCCGCUGUUCUCACCACAUACAGCAACUGGCUGGGUUUCUAUGGUGCCCUUGUUCUCGCUGCCUACACGAUGGCCCUGGCACCUGCACUCAUCUCGUCCGCUGUCAAGCACUCCCCAGCUACGACGUUCGGUCUAGGUUUCCUCGUUUAUAAUUUCAUGGUUCUGUUUCAUGUCUGGGUUGUGGCAUAUGCCUUCGUCCCUGGUGGACCGCUUGUUCGCGAGCGUACUGACUGGGUCAUGACGACCAUGAUGCUGUUGAUCGGUUGCGGUGUGUUCAGCGCGAACGCGUCCGGAAACUCAGUCUCUCUCAAAUCCCGCAGCAAGGCGCCCAAUCCUGCAACACGCAAGCAACGCAGCUACUACCUGUACGUCCUUCUCGCCCUCGAGCUUCUUUCUGUCUCCAUUGCAUACCUGCGUUUCCCAACAUACGACUACACACCGUAUCAUAAAGACGAAAAGCUCGUUACUGCGGGCAUCUGGACCAUUCAUUUCUCUCUGGACAAUGACAUGUGGAGCUCCGAGUACCGUAUGCGCGACGUUAUCAAGGAGCUUGAAUUGGACGUCGUUGGUCUGCUCGAGUCUGAUCUCCAGCGCAUCAUCAUGGGCAACCGAGACACCACCCAGUUCCUUGCCGAAGAUCUUGGCAUGUACGUCGACUUUGGUCCCGGUCCCAACAAGCACACAUGGGGCUCCGCGCUGCUAUCAAAAUUCCCCAUCGUCAACUCCACCCACCAUCUCCUUCCGUCGCCAGUCGGCGAACUCGCGCCCGCGAUCCACGCCACUCUCGACAUGUAUGGCGAGAUGAUCGACGUCUUCGUGUUCCACAGCGGCCAGGAAGAAGACCCGGAGGAUAGACGGCUACAGUCCGAAUACCUGGCGAAGCUCAUGCGUGAGACGCCUCGCCCAGCAAUCCUGCUCUCAUACCUUGUCACAAAGCCGCAUGAAGGCAACUACAACACGUAUGUCGGCGAGAAGAGUAGCAUGCGCGAUAUCGACCCCAGCGAUGUCGGCGACCGAUGGUGCGAGUAUAUCUUGUACAAGGGCUUCAAGCGUACUGGCUAUGCUCGCGUGAGCCGUGAUACCAUCACAGAUACAGAGAUUCAGGUUGGCAAGUUCCAGGUCGGUCAGCCCGAAGGUUCGGACACGAUCAUCCCCGAAGAGCAAGUCCCAUAUGGCAUGCGCUUCCCGACGAUGUUCAGAGGUGCCGGUGUCAGAGGACACAGAUACCACGUUUUCGAUGAGCCACGCUACUUCGCGUAGGUGGUUGAUCUUCACUCUUAAUUAUACCAUCAGUCUCGAGUCAGUGCCCGGUCGAGGCAAGUGACUGAAAAAGUUUUAAGUGUAUAAACAAUUAUAUAUAAAUGUACUGAUAGUAGGGAAGAAAUAACUCAUGCUCCACGAAGCAGGUAGCUUCUCAAACUUAAUAAAGCUUGCAGGAAAUCUUAUUAACCACAAUGAAC